CCGCUAGCGCCGCCAGGCAGCAGCAGACAUGGAGGACCUGCGCGCCGAGCUGGAGCGCGUGGACGCCAACGCGCAUCAGGCGCCGGUGGACAUCAACAUGGCCGACACGGUGCCCGUCGCCGUGCCGGACCUGGCCUACCAGAACUACGGCAGCACGCCCACCAAGAUGAAGCUGAACAACACGGGCUUCACCGUGACGGUGAGCGGCAAGUUCGACGGCGACCCCCCGACCAUCAGUGGCGGCCCGCUGGACGGCACCUACAAGUUCUCCCAGCUGCAUUUCCACUGGGGGCCCAACGACGGCGAGGGCAGCGAACACACGUUUGAAGGGCGCAGUGUGCCGCUGGAGAUGCACAUGGUGCACGUGAACCAGAAAUACGCCACGCAGGAGGAGGCCCUGCUCAAGAAGGACGGCGUCGUCAUUCUGGCCUUCCUCUUCACCAGCGGCGCGAAGCACGCCGGUCUGGACGGCGUGGCGCGCGGGCUGGCCGAGAUCACCAAGCCGCACACCUCCUUCAAGAUCAGCCCGCAGUCGCUGCAGUCGCUGUGCGCGCCCUUCCAGCGCGACUACUUCUCGUACUGGGGCUCCGUCAUCAGCCCCUCGUGCUCGCACCUCAUCCAGUGGCUCAUCAGCCGCACCCCGCUGUCGGUCGCCCCCGACCAGGUGGCCGCCUUCCGGCAGCUGCUGAACGUCAACGAGGAGCCGCUGCUGCGCAACUACCGCGACGCGCAGCCGCUGCAGGGCCGCACCAUCUUCCACCUGGCGCCCGGCAGCCGGGACGGCUUCUCCCUCAACUGCGGCCGCGAGCAGACGUGCGCCGCGGGGGAGGGCCGCCCGGCGCCCGGCACGGACGUGAGCGCCCUCAGCGUGGAGGGGCCCUGCACAAGCCUGGGCGAGGCGGAGAGCAAGGGCGUGGUGGCCGUGGGCGCCGAGGGCGAGGUGCAGAAGACCGAGUCUGGCCGCGAGCUGGUGAAGACGCCGUCAGGGCGCCUCCUGGAGAGGACACCUUCGGGGCGCCUGGUGGAGCGGACGCCGUCGGGGCACCUGCUGGAGAGGACGCCGUCGGGGCGGCUGCUGGAGAAGACCCCGUCCGGGCGGCUGCUGGAGAGGACGCCGUCAGGCCGGAUGGUGGAGGCGACCCCCGGCGCGCAGAGGACGCCCUCGGGCCGCCUGCUGGAGAAGACCCCCUCCGGCAGGAUGGUGCAGAGGACGCCGUCGGGCCGGCUGCUGGAGAGGACGCCGUCCGGGCACUACAUGGAGAGGACGCCGUCGGGCCGGCUGCUGGAGACGACGCCGUCGGGCCGCGUCCUGGAGAAGACGCCCUCGGGGCACCUGAUGACGAGGACGCCGUCGGGCAACCUGAUGCCGGCCGAGCGGUCCGACGUGCCGAGCGUGGAGAUCACGCCGUCGGGCCACGAGCUGACCAGGACGCCGUCGGGCCGGCUGGUGCAGACCACGCCGUCGGGGCACGUGCUGGAGAGGACCCCGUCCGGGCACUACGUGGAGAGGACGCCGUCAGGGAAGUUGGCCGGCCACGUCUCGGAGCCCAAGCUCCUGGACACCACGGCGGAGGGCGAGGGCGCCGCCGGGGCCGGGCCUGGCGCGGGGGACAAGCCUGCCGACGCCGAGCGGCGCGUCGAGACCACGCCCUCCGGCAGGCUGGUGUCCAGGACCGCCUCGGGCCGGGUGGGCAUGGGCUCCAGGGUGGUCAGCUUCUCCAACCUCACCGGCCCCGUCAAGGAACGAUCAGCCAGUGACUGGCCCGACGCGCCCUACGAGGGCCCGGCCACCGGGUCGCCGGUCUUCCUGGACACGAACCAGGCCGUGCGCCUGCCCUGCCCGCCGCUCGAGUUCCUGGGCCACUUCCAGAAGGGCGUCGGCCUGGUGCUCACCAACAGCGGGGAGACCGUGGAGAUCAGCCUGCUGAAGGGCACGGAGCGGCCCGUGCUGCAGGGCGGCCCACUGCAGGGCCGCUACAUCCUGGACUCGGCGCACUUCCACUGGCUGCCCAACGACGACGCCGUCGGCGGCACGCACACCAUCAACAGCGCAAGGUCCGAGAUCGAGUGCCACUUAGUGCACAUCCACGAGAACUACAAGAGCAAGACGGAGGCCAUGGACCACCCCAACGGGCUGGCCGUCGUCAGCGUGCUCCACCAGGUCGGCGGCGCGGAGUGCGACGUGUUCAUGCGGCUGUGCAAGGAGCUGCCGCGCAUCAACGAGCUGUACACGCAAGUGGAGCUGCCGGGCCUCGACCUGUCCUACAUGUCGUCCGUCGUCAAGCCGCACGAGUACUUCAUGUACCCGGGCCGCUUCUUCGGCCGCGAGGACGGCAAGGCGCUCGUGUGGAUCGUCUUCCCGCAGGCCAUCGGCAUCUGCUGCCAGAACGUGGCGGCGUUCCAGGCGCUGCGGCUGUCGCUGGACUUCCGGCAGCACGACACGUACCCGCUGGGCGGCCGGCCCCUGUACGCCGUGGUGAAGGAGGGCGCGGGCGGCGGCGGCGCGGGCGACGAGGACGUGGCCGUCGGCGACCUGCGGCGCACGGCCUCGGGCCGCGUCAUGGCCCUGCGCCCCGACGAGUGGCCCAACGCGCCCUUCGCGUCCAAGCACGAGAUCCUGAUGGCGCCGCUGGACAUCAAGACCUCCGCCGUGCCCAGCAUCCCCAUGCCGCCCCUCGAGUACCGCGGCCACUUCGGCGCGGCCGCCGUCCCCGUCGAGAUGCGCAACACCGGCGAAGCGAUCGACAUCACGUGGAAGGAGGGCGUGCCCGUGCCCGUGCUGGCGGGCGGCCCGCUCACGGACGAGUACGUCUUCGACUCCGCGCACUUCCACUGGGCGCAGAACCCGGACGACGUCGGCGCCAUGCACCGCAUCAACGGCAAGAGGUGCGACUUGGAGUUCCACCUGGUGCACUACAAGAAGAGCCUCAAGACGAGGCAGGACGCCAUGUUCCAGUCGGACGGUCUGGCCGUCACCAGCUUCCUCAUUCAAGUGGGCGGUACGGAGAACGAGAGCUUUGCCAAGCUGUCCGACGUGCUGGGCGAGGUGAAGGAGGUGGACGCCUCCAUGGAGCUCAACUUCCGGCUGGACUGGCUGCAGAGUCGCGCCGGGCCGCACGGUUUCUUCACGUACCCGGGCACGCUGUUCGGCGCGGACCAGGGCAUCAACGUCAUCUGGAUGGUGUACCCCACGCCCGUGCAGAUCUGCUGCCAGCACGUGGCCGGCUUCUACAAGCUGGACUGCCUGGAGUACAACCGGGUUCACCCUCUGCACGAGCUCCUGGACAGGCCCAUCUUCCACUCCAUCAACCCGGACAACUGCGUCACCUAGUUCUUUUUAAGCGUUUUAACAAUCUCUGGGCGUGUUCAACCACUUUUCGGCGGCACGGCGCCCUCUGUAACGCGCACCGAAAAAAUAAAAAAA